AUGGAGCGUCCCGGUUUCAUCGAGACCCCAGGUCGUCGGGUUACUCGCAGCAGUGCUGUGGCCUCAGAGACAAACACAGAUGACACAUCCGACUCCGCAGUCGACAUGAUGAGAGGACCUAAAUCUGCGACUCGUAGACGCGCCUCCGGAAAGACCAAUGCUGAGGACAUCUCGGAGGAGGAAGCCAAAACAGCUGCGACAAACGGACAUGCCAUCUCGACCGAGAAGAAACCUCGAAUCGUCGACGGUUGGGAAGAGGGAAAGGAUCCCAAAGUUGAUUAUAGUGGACACUUUGAAUUUGGUGGCUCCUGGGGUGUAUUAUCUAUGAUGAUCGGGUUUCCAAUGCUGAUGUAUUACAUGUGGAUUGGUGCCGUUUAUUACGAUGGCAAGUUCCCUCGCGCCUCGGAAGGACAGAGCACGUUGACAUUCAUCACGCACCUGGCCAACUUGGUCUACGUGGGUGCUUUUCCUUCCGUCAAGGCCUGGGCCAUCUAUUGGGCGUUUUUCCUUUUCGAGGGUGCUUGUUACUUGCUCUUACCAGGCAUCACUGUCAUGGGUCGCCCUCUGCCGCACCUCGGAGGAAAGCAACUGCCAUAUUAUUGCUCCGCCGUAUGGUCUUUUUACACGAGUAUCUUGCUGGCUUUGGCGCUUCACUUUACCGGUGUUUUCAAGCUGUAUACUAUCAUCGACGAGUUUGGUCCUCUAAUGAGUGUCGCCAUCCUCUCGGGAUUUCUUGUGUCUUUCGUUGCAUACUUCUCGGCUUUGGCACGUGGAGCUCAACAUCGCAUGACUGGUUAUCCCAUAUAUGACUUCUUCAUGGGGGCCGAACUCAAUCCCCGGAUGUUCGGAAUUUUGGACUUCAAGAUGUUCUUUGAAGUCCGCCUCCCUUGGUAUAUCCUCCUUUUUGUCACUAUGGGUGCUGCAGCCCGGCAAUACGAAGUAUACGGCUACGUCUCUGGAGAGGUAGGGUUCCUUUUGAUGGCGCAUUUCCUGUACGCAAAUGCCUGCUCCAAGGGCGAGGAGUGUAUAGUGUCAACCUGGGAUAUGUACUAUGAGAAAUGGGGAUUCAUGCUGAUUUUCUGGAAUCUUGCUGGUGUACCUUUGAGCUACUGCCAUUGCACGAUCUAUCUUGCCAGCCAUGACCCGGCGACCUAUCACUGGAAUCGCUAUUUCUUGACAAUCCUUUAUAUCGCAUAUCUCUUUGUGUAUUGGGUUUGGGAUACUACCAACAGUCAGAAGAACCGUUACCGUCAGCAGGAGCGUGGAACUAUGGUCUUCCGGAAUACGUUCCCACAGCUUCCAUGGCAAACAUUGGAAAACCCCAAGACCAUCACGGCUGAAGAUGGCUCCAAGAUCUUGGUGGACGGCUGGUACGGCAAAGCUCGUAAAAUCCACUACACUUGUGAUCUUUUCUUUGCAUUGAACUGGGGUCUUAUCACUGGCUUCAACAGCCCAUUCCCUUGGUUCUACCCUGUCUUCUUUGCAUGCAUGAUCUCUCACCGCGCUUUGCGAGAUAUCCAGCGCUGUCGCAACAAAUACGGCGAAGCGUGGUUAGAGUAUGAAAGACGAGUCCCUUAUCUUUUCAUUCCUUACGUGUUUUGAGAAAACGGCCAUAUAUGCAAGAUGUCACUUAGCUGCCUUGUUAGCGGGCACGCUUUGAAACGCUGCACUUAUAGGCAGUCCACCUGCCAGAGUGCUCGGAGUUCUUUGGGGACUGGAUGAGUAUAUUUCUUUAAUGUGCACAAGCCGACCCUGCUGAUAGUCCCAUUCAUGGUGAUUGUCCAGAGCUUGGGCAUCUACUUUGAUCUCCCAGCAAUGAGUUUUUGUCUUGAUUCAGAUUUUAAUGUGUAUCAUUCGAUGUAAAUUAUUUGUCUCUAUUUUUUGUG